CCGCGCCCGCCACGGCGUGCGCGCACGCCAGCCCCGCCACGCUCCCUCCCACCACCACGGCCACCCUCUUGCCCAUCUCGCCAACAACUGCCCCCAACCAUCCGUGUCGCUCUCCCGUUUCUAUACGGCACCCAAAAAGAUUCCGCCUUGGCGCCUCCUACCCACGCGUUCUCCGAUGGCGACGGCGUGCCACCAUGCCAUGCCGCUGCGCGACUGCAACGUGCUGAUCAGGACCCUGGCCAGGCGCCGCAGCUUCCCGCGCGUCAUGGCGGUGUACUACGACCUCCGCGCGCGCGGCCUCGUCGCCGACAGCUUCACCUACCCGUUCGUGCUCAGGGCGAUCGGCGUGAUGAAGCUGUCCGUCGAGGGGCGCAAGGCGCACGCGGCCGCCGUGAAGACCGGGUUCCGGUGGGACGCGUACACCGCGAGCUCGCUGAUGGACAUGUACACGAUGCUGGGCCGCGCAGAUUUCGCGUGGAAGGUGUUCGACGAAAUGCCGCAGAGGUUCCUGGUGCUGUGGAAUAUGAUGAUCAGGUGCUACAUCAGGUGCGGCCGCUUCACAGCAGCAGUCGCGUUGGCUGAGGAGAUGGAGAGAAGCGGUGCCACACCUGACAGGGUCACCUUGGUGACUGCCGUGACCGCUUGCUCCAGGGCAGGAGACCUGAGCUUGGGAAGGAGGAUCCACGCAUACAUGGAUGCAGUCUUUGGAUUCAGCCUCCCAGUUGCCAAUGCGCUUCUGGACAUGUAUAUGAAGAACGGUUGCUUGGAAGAGGCAGUGAAGAUGUUCGAGCAAAUGCCGGAGAGGAACAUCAUUUCUUUGACUAUACUCGUGUCAGGAUAUGCCCUUGCUGGUCAGCUGGACAAGGCAAGAGCACUCUUCUAUCAAUGCACGGAGAAGGAUCUAAUUCUGUGGACUGCAAUGAUCAACGCUUGUGUGCAACAUGGAAGCUCUGAGGAGGCAUUGACAUUGUUCCGAGACAUGCGGUUGCAACAGGUGGAACCGGACAGGUUCACUGUUGUCACUCUCCUGACAUGCUGUGCCAAUAUCGGCGCUCUUGAUCAAGGUGAAUGGAUCCAUCAGUAUGCUGAGGGUAGGAAGAUGAAGAUUGAUGCAGUUCUCGGCACAGCAUUGAUUGAGAUGUACUCGAAGUGUGGGCAUGUUGACAAGGCACUGCAUGUCUUUGGGCGAAUGCAGGGCAGAGACGCUGCCGCCUGGACUGCCAUCAUCUGUGGCCUGGCCACACAUGGUCAGGCCAGUAGAGCUCUUGAAUUGUUUGAGGAGAUGCAGAUAAGCAAAGUGAAGCCUGAUGGUAUUACGUUCAUUGGGGUACUGAGUGCCUGUUGCCAUGGUGGCUUGGUUGACGAAGGACGCAAGCAUUUCCAAGCCAUGAAACAGGUCUAUCGGAUAGAACCGAGAAUCGAACACUAUAGUUGCUUUGUCAAUCUUCUAGGCCGUGCCGGUGUGCUAGAUGAAGCCGAGAGGUUGAUCAAUGACAUGCCUGUAAACAAGGACACUAUGCCACUGUUUGGAGCACUCCUCACAGGUUGCAAGGCUCAUGGCAAUGUUGAGAUGAGCGAAAGGCUGGCCAGACGAAUUGCCGGGCAAGAUUCACCAAACCCUGGUGUCAAUGUCCUGAUGUCUAAUGUGUAUGCAACAGCAAGUCGAUGGGAGGAAGCAAUAAGAGUAAGGAGCGAGAUGGCGCACCCCACUGUCAAGAAGACUGCAGGGUGCAGCUCGAUUGAGGUAAAAGAUGCUGACGAUGGAACCAAUACUGGGAUAUAUCUAAUGUUUCAGAAUCAGAAUGGUUAAGCAUUCAUCGCGUUCAAUUAAUCACAAAGUGUUGACCAACAGCAUGCUUGAUCAUGUAGUCAAAGAAAUUCAACUCAGUAACAAUUUUAACCAAUUUAGUGGUCAGCCUGGUUUAUCUUCCAAAGCUAUUAAACCAAAAUGACCAUGACACUGUAGAUAUUGAAGUGCCCAGAGUCUCUUGGACGAAAAGUAAAAGAGUACUAGACCUGAUGACUCACAAAAAGUAGGAUCAGGGGUCUACUAGAAUCAGAGGAGAGCGAAAAUUAAGUGGGGAGAGCAGUUUAUGAGCAUUUUAGGGCCUUCUGCAAUUAGCUGACUGAAGGAACAUCAGUUGACAUUGCUGUAUUGAUUGCAGCAUAGUCCACCGCAAAGCACGGUGUGUCGGUGUAUGUUAUCAUAGUCAUCAAAUCCUCUCCUGUAAUUUUUUUUUCAUUUUGCUUGAAGCAGUUCACACAUCUGCAAGGAAAAUGGCGUGCAUUUCUUUGUAGGGAGGGUCGUUGCCCAGGUCAUCAGCAACAACAGAUCAAAUCAUUAGCAGUCCUAAUUAAUUUCAAUCCCAAGAUGGCAUGCCAAGUUCUAUGCUAGUAUAUCUUAAGACCUCAAUGCUCCUAUGUUAUAUGGGUUAGGCUACUCCCAGGAUUAACAAGGAAGAUGGGAGGCCGAUACUUGUUAACGGCCGGUGGUUGACUGGGAAACAUUGUAGUUCGUCUACUCCAUAAGUCCGGAGUAGGUGAAGUUAGCCCAACCGGAGUUCAGUUUGCUAGAAUUAACCAAAACUCUAG